AUGAAUGACUACAAGACCAUCCUCAGCAUGCGAGUCACAAGACUCACCUACCAGAGCGAAAGCUCGCCUUUCGGCCUCUGGACGUGGCCCAGUUCGCUCGACGGUCCCUCUUUUGCCCCGUGUUAUGCGCCAUAUGGCGAACAAUCACCCCCUAUCGACUCUCACCCAGCAAUCGAACAAACAACAAUCGUCAAGAGCAUCGAAAGUGAUGUUCUCAAGCCAUGGGAAAAAGGCUCAAAGUCCGGAAAGAAGAUCAAAAAGGGCAGGGGACCUAAGAGUCGCGUCGUGAUGAGCCCGGGAAGCGAUGCUACUAGCACAGACAUGAGCAACAGCGACAACAGUAGCAGCAACGAGAUAUCGACUGCUGCGACAUCGACCCGGACAUCGGUGCAGAACUCGCCUGCUUCGCGCGCGAGACAGUACCCGGUACUCGACAUCGCCGGUGUCGCUCUUCCUCGUCUCGCCCCUUAUAACAACUACCAUCCCGACACUGCACAGGCUGCAAUCGCACAGUCGAGAAGUUCGUCAGUCAAUUAUGAUUUCUUGACUCCGACUGACGCGGGAUAUGUAGAGAGAAAGCACGACCGCGUCGACAACGAGGCUCCUACCACAUCGUUCAAGGCACAUAGGAGAGAAUAA